ACAAGAUAACCACAACAAGAACGUUUCCAAAUUUCAUAUCGUUCUAAUUAUCUUUUCAUCAGCAGCAUGACUAGAAAGAAGGUGAAGUUGGCAUUCAUAGUGAAUGACUCAGCUAGGAAGGCAACAUUCAAGAAGAGGAAGAAGGGUCUGAUGAAGAAGGUCAGUGAACUUAGCACCCUCUGUGGAAUUGAUGCAUGUGCUAUAGUUUAUAGUCCUUAUGAUCCUCAACCUGAAGUUUGGCCAUCUCCAAUGGGGGUUCAAAGGGUGCUUGCCAAGUUCAGGAGAAUGCCUGAAUUGGAGCAAAGCAAGAAGAUGGUAAACCAAGAGAGUUUUCUGAGGCAGAGAAUCCUGAAGGCCAAAGACCAAUUGAAGAAACAAAGGAAGGACAAUAGGGAAAAAGAGAUGACUCAGCUCAUGUUUCAGUACCUCAGUGCUGGUAAAAUUAUGCACAAUAUAAGCAUGGUUGAUUUGAAUGAUCUGGCAUGGUUGAUUGACCAGAAUCUGAAGGACAUCAACAGGAGAAUUGAGGUGUUGACUAAGAAUGCUCAGAGUCAAACCCAAGUUGCAGCACCAGCGAUUACUGAUGUUGCUGCCAAGAUUGAAGACAAGGGACAAGGGAGUCACAGUGGCCAGGGAUUUGAUAUCAACAUGGAUCUCAUGCAGAAGCAGAACUGGUUCAUGAACUUGAUGAAUAAUGGUGGUGGUGGGAAUGAGACUAUGCCUUUUGGAGAUGUUAAUCACCAAAAUGGCUUCUGGCCAAACCCAUUUUUCCAUUGAAAGAUGUCACGUGCUUGGUUUGAUGUUUAGCUAUCGUUGCCAUUCACUUUUUGUGUCUGAGUAUGAGAAUAAGUGACCAAGGAAUCAUGGGAAAAAAAGGGUUUUUAAAUAGAAUAAAU